AUGUCCUUCGUCGCCCGUUCCGCACGCUCAGCAGCUCGCCGCGCAGCCUCCAAGGCGGCCACCAAGCCGGCACAGACCGCCUCCUACUCUCUGCUUGCCCGCGCAGGCGCGGCUGCACCCAAGCGGGCCGCAACUGCUGUGCAGACGCGUGGUAUCAAGACCCUCGACUUUGCUGGUACCAAGGAGGUCGUUUACGAGCGCUCCGACUGGCCCCUCGCCAAAUUGCACGACUACUUCAAGAACGACACUCUUGCUCUCAUUGGCUACGGCUCCCAGGGUCACGGCCAGGGUCUCAAUGCCCGCGACAACGGCUUGAACGUCAUCGUCGGUGUCCGCAAGGACGGCGAGAGCUGGAAGCAGGCCAUCGAGGACGGCUGGGUUCCCGGCGAGACGCUCUUCCCGAUUGAGGAGGCCAUCAACAAGGGUACCAUCAUCAUGAACCUGCUCUCCGACGCCGCACAGUCGCAGACGUGGCCGGAAAUUGCUCCGCUCAUCACCAAGGGCAAGACCCUCUACUUCUCCCACGGUUUCUCUGUCGUCUACAAGGACCUCACCAACGUUAUCCCGCCCAAGGAUGUUGACGUUAUUCUUGUCGCACCGAAGGGCUCUGGCCGUACCGUCCGCACCCUUUUCAAGGAGGGCCGUGGCAUCAACUCGUCCAUCGCCGUCUGGCAGGACGUUACUGGCCAGGCCAAGGAGAAGGCCACCGCUCUCGGUGUCGCCGUCGGCUCUGGCUACAUGUAUGAGACCACCUUCGAGAAGGAGGUGUACUCUGACCUCUACGGCGAGCGUGGUGUCCUUAUGGGUGGUAUCCAGGGCAUGUUCCUCGCACAGUACAAGGUCCUCCGCGCAAACGGCCACUCACCCAGCGAGGCCUUCAACGAGACCGUUGAGGAGGCUACCCAGUCCCUCUUCCCUCUCAUCGGCCAGCACGGCAUGGACUACAUGUACAACGCCUGCAGCACGACCGCUCGCCGCGGUGCUCUCGACUGGGCCCCCAUCUUCGAGAAGGCGAACACCCCUGUCUUCGAGGCUCUGUACAAGAGUGUGAAGGACGGCACCGAGACCAAGAAGUCGCUCGAGUUCAACGGCCGCAGCACUUACCGCCAGGACCUCGCUAAGGAGCUCAAGGAGAUCGACGAGCAGGAGAUCUGGCGCGCUGGCAAGACCGUGCGCUCGCUCCGCCCUGACUACAAGCCCUGA